UCAUUUGCUCGCGAGAGUUCCUCCAUCUAGCCUACUGAGAAGCCGUCGGACUUGGAGCCAGAGAAGAGUCGCGAGAUUUGACUAGAUCACCCUUUCCAGACUCCGCCCCUCCAUCCCAGCACUCCUGGCGCAGCUUCCCCGUUUGCACGUGUAAUUGUUGUGGUUCAACCUCAAGAGGCCGCGGAAGUGCCGGCGGCUUCCAAGAUGGCGGCGCCCAGUGUCAGGUGCCCGUGACUCGCCUCUGGUCAGCCUUGAAUUAUAACCCUGAUCAAGUCUAUGGGGCCAUGGACCGGCCUGGGUUCACAGCCUCGCUGGUGGCUGGCGGAGUAGCAGGUGUCUUUGUUGACUUGAUAUUAUUUCCUCUGGAUACCAUUAAAACCAGGCUACAGAGCCCUCAAGGAUUUUAUAAGGCCGGUGGUUUUUAUGGAGUAUACGCUGGAGUUCCUUCUACUGCUAUUGGAUCCUUUCCUAAUGCUGCUGCCUUUUUUGUCACCUAUGAAUAUGUGAAAUGGAUUUUGCACACUGAUUCUUCUUCAUAUUUGAUGCCUGUGACACACAUGUUGGCUGCCUCGGCUGGAGAAGUGGUUGCCUGCCUGAUUCGAGUUCCUUCUGAAGUAGUUAAGCAGAGGGCACAAGUAUCUGCUUCUUCAGGAACAUUUCACAUUUUCUCUAACAUCUUAUGUCAAGAGGGCAUCCAAGGAUUAUAUCGAGGCUACAAAAGCACUGUUUUAAGAGAGAUUCCUUUCUCAUUGGUCCAGUUUCCCUUGUGGGAGUCCUUAAAAUGUAUCAUAAACUCUCAGCAAGCAAGGCACCACACCCCGGCCAUCGUCUUGCCUAGUUUGAAACUCAGCGCCCUCUGGUCCUGGAGGCAAGAUCAUGUGGUGGAUUCUUGGCAGUCAGCAGUCUGUGGAGCUUUUGCAGCCUUCACUCAGGCCCGUGGAUUAUCUUGAAGAUAAUUUAGCAAGGCCUCUUUGCGAAGAGCCGAGCUGUGGGUGCAGGGCUCCCGGUGCAGCUGUCUGCCUCGAGCACUUCUUGGGGGGCUUCAGUGAGUUCUGCAGGAGGCAGUGAUUCACGGUCCGUGUGACAUGCUUGACAGCCUCGUAGAUUAACUAGUGUCAAGAGAGCGGAGGCUGCUCCACAGCUUACCGAAGGCUAAACUGCACGGUGUGGAAAAUACGGAGGUCUAAACAGCUGGGCAUUUUUCUAGACAUUAAACAAAGAGCAGAGUGACAAUAUGCGAUGUCGUGCUGUCCAUCACUUUGUCAUAUGCAUUUUCCAGUGAGGUUUUAGGGAGAACGCAGAAACUGGAAAGCAUUUAGUGAGUGAGAGGUGUAACAGUCUGAGAGAGAAAGGCAUUUUGUUGUUGCAAAUAAAGGUAAGUGAGAAUUAUGGUUGAAAUAAAUUGAAAUGGAGAUUUGUCAGAAAACUAUGAACUGCUGGUUUUGAUGCAGACCCCAUAAACUGACAGAUACAUGGGCUUAGGAUACCAGCUUGAAAGAAAAAAUUCAUUUCUGAUUUAAUGGUCGUUGGAUGGACUUUUUGUUAUAGUGAUCAGGAAAACAGAAAACAUACAUUUUUAUAGGAUCCUGUAGUAAUAAUCGGACCCAUCUGACUUGCAGAAUUGAUAAUCCAGAAUAAGACUAUUGCCUGUAGAUAGGAAGCCAGCUCGGAUUGAUUAUGACGGGCGAUUGUUUCCACAUGAUCCAUGUCCUUAGCUGUGUUAAGUGGGUAGGUGGUCUUGAUUCGUUUGCCAGUGGUCAGGAGUCCUUACUCCCCGGGACCUACGAGGGUCUGUCUGUGGACCCCCUCUGGGGCCUGGGGGCAAAGUGAGCAUUCUGGAAAUUGAGUCAUACUGGAUAAGGAAGGCCACUUCUUAAAGUGAACAUACUAUAAAUUGUCCAUGUGUGAAAACAAAUAUAUAUUUUUUUCUGGUCUCUUUCUUUAAGGAGCUGAUUCAAAGAUGUACUUGAAACUGUACCAUUCCUCUUAAGGACAUGUGUGUUCAUUACGGUUCCUUUUGUGAGAAACGUCGUAUGAUAGGCAGUAAGCAUUUAGUUUAGUCAGAGGUGGCAGGAGGUGGGGGUGCGGCGGAAGGGGGAGAAACUUGGUAUCAGUGAUCUCAGGGGUCUAGGCUGGCAGCCGCUUGAAGCAGGGCUUCGGUCCUGGCCAGAGAUUGAGAACGGGUCACGGUGGUGAGAGCACCAAAUCUUAGCCAGUAGACCAGUGGUCAGUGACAAGACCCUGGCUUUUCAACUUUACAGAAGAAAAUUCCCACAGAGAUGAAAGGUGAAGUAUUUAUUAGGUGGAAAAAAGAGUACAGUACGUGUGGACAGGAACACCCACGGGCAGACUGAGAGUCCCCGAGUCGUGCCCUCGGGGCAGCGUGGAUUACUGUAACGAGGCAUUUCUUCCAGCUCUCCUUUGGCCAGUCAUUUUGGUUUGCCCGGUUCACAGCCCAUAUUUGGUAUAUCUCAGGAUUCUUCUGUGUGCACGCACAUGUCUGUUAGCCAAGAUGGAUUCUACUGCAGAGGUUUAUGCGUGGAGCAUCUCUUAACGUCACUCCCCUUUGAUCUCCAAGACCUUUUCUGCGCAUUUGUGGUUGGAGAGGUCGCCUGACUUUGAGAAUGAGAACUGUGUGAUCUGGGCAGGGCUCAGCUUCCAUCCUGCGGCUGUCACCUUGGAGUUUCAGUCCACAGGGAGUGAGUCUCCGAUCACUUUACCCUGAGUUGGGGAGAGGUGGGCAGUCUUGCUUCCUGCAUCACCAGUAUCCACUGUCUGGGUCAGUGGGGAAACUGGGACCGGGACAGCCAAUGGAUUCGCCCAGAGCUGCAGACCUCUGUUCUGCCCGCAGCUGAGGAAGGAGACUUCGGGGCCUUGCUAGGCACCAGUUUCCUUACCUGUGACAUAGAAGCACCUGUCCCUCCAUGAAGAGGUUGUUGCUGGGAUAGGUGAUAGUGUGUGGUGAUGUUUAGUCGCUAAGUCAUGUCUGACUCUUUUGUGACCCCAUAGACUGUAGCCCGCCAGGCUCCUCUGUGCAUGGGAUUCUCCAGGCAAGAACAUUAGAGCGGGUAGCCAUGCCCUCCUCCAGGGGAUCCUCCCGGCCUAGGGAUAGAACACGCACCUGCUGCAUUGGCAGGCAGAUUCUUCACCACUCAGCUACCUGGGAAGCCCCUGCAUGGCGUGUUAGUGUUUGGUAAUCUGUAGAACUACAUUUAAGGAAUUACUAUUUCAGUAAAAACAGCUAACACCCAGGAAACGAAAAGAUGUCAUCAUCAUAGUAGUUCUUAAUUGCAUAGAGGGAAGAAAGCACAGUAAUAAAUUUAGUAUACCUAAUCAUUGCCUCUACUAGGGUAUAGAUUUAAAAGCUCCUCCAAGACAAUUACCUUAUUUUUUCAGCUGACGUCUGUUAGGAAUUUGCCCAAGGUCUGCAGAAAAUUGUUAGUAGAUGUACAUGUCUUUAACAGAAGACAAAAUUAAAUAGGUUUCUUGUUUACAUUCCUUGUUUUGAAAUUUUAGUUGAUACAAAUAUUGACCCUGAGGAACAAGGUUACUGUUUAAAAACCUUUCUAAAAGAUUAGCAUAAUUGGAAAAUACUUCACAUUGUGGGAAAGUGAUAUUCUGUAAGAAUUUGCUGCAAGAUUGUGUACUACACGGUAUAGAGACGUGAGUCACAACUUGUCACGUUGGGCAGCCCAUAAGAUGUGGCAUGCGCAUCCGCUGCAGUUCCAGAUGUUUUUGCCUUAAAUGGCCAUAAAGGCAAUGAUAAAACUUGCCCUUAAACCAGAAAUCUUAUUUCUCAUUCCUGUGUGCUUUUCCAAGUUUAAGCUGAUUAAAUUAUCAUAGACAAAGCACUCUCUGGUCAUUCUUGGAGCUGUUUGGUGCCCGUGCUUGCUUUAUGAACCACUUGGCACAAAUAUCCAAAAAUGUCCCUUGAGAUUGGAGGUGUUGAUGGCUUGUCAUGCUCAGAAAUUCCCUUGGCCUUUGGUCAGGGGUUAAAUUAGGGGGGGAAAUGAACUUUGGAACUGUUGCCAGCUUCCUCACUUCAAGUUCACUCCUCAGCAUAAAACCAUUCAGUCUGCAUAAUUAUGACAUCUGCUGUAGUGACAUUUGCUAUCCUCAUGUUCUUUGAUUCAUUUCCCGUAAUGAACGCUUACACGCUCUGGGAGAAGGAAGGAAAGCCAUGACCCGAAAUUCUGUAACAGGGUGAAGGAUUAUCUGGGUAACAACUGACAGGGCCCAGGACAGUCUAAAGAAACGGAAACACGUUUGUUGCUGUUGUUGUUGCCGAAGCCCCGGUUGUUGGGGGCUCCCCGCGGGAGCAGCCCUCCCAACCCCAGCUAGUGCGCAGCAGCCCCCGGCCGCUGUGCCCGCCCCACGCCCCAGCAGAUGUGGGAGGGGACAGCUCCAGACGUACUGGAGGCAGGUGGCCCCUUUGGACGGGAGAGAACCCUGAGGACACGUGAGAUGUUGUUUCGCUGUAAAAAUCUAAUUUCCCCUGAAUCUGGUUCUUGGAAGCAGUUAGCCUAACAUUAAGUACAAACAUAUCUCUAGUGGAACACAUAGAAAAUUGUUUUACAUGUGAUUUGAACACUAAAGUAGCCUGCAGUUGCUAUACCAAAUAAUUAUUUCCUGUCUAAUACGUUAGCGUGUUCCUUGUAUUUAUUACCAGAGGUUUACAGUUCCCUUAAGUAAAAUGUAGAAAAUAACUGCAUUUUAACUGAAAAUACAGCCCCGCUGCUCCCUCCCCAUUAUGACUGGUUAUUCUAUUACAUGAUCUUCACAAGUCCUUCUUACAGCCUCAUAAAAAAAACACUGUGAGGUCUGUGAAUUAAAGCAGUCUUUGAUAUUUGAAGACAUUUAAAUUGACAUUAAUAACUUUAAUAAAAUAAAGUUUCCUUCAUGGUAGUAAAAUUAGGACCUAUUUCAGCAUAUGUGUUUUUGUCUCACUUUUCUUCAUAUUACUUUCAGGAAACAAAUCACUGGGAGAAUAUUGGCAGGCACCUACAGUAAAGGAAUGGUGAACUUCGCUAAUGGCCAAAAUAAGUUCAAUUUACAGUAUCCAAAUUUAGUAGAAGAAAAAUACUUUUCAACAUGGGUGAUUUGUGAGAGCUUGAGUGGUCAGAUGGGGGACUGAUGAUGUCCUUGUCAAUUUUUAAGCCUUUUUUUAGUUGGUUUAGGUCAGUUUGAAACGUUUUCAAACAGAAAAAUGGUUAUGCACUUAGGAAUUUAAACAACUGGACAAAUUUGUGUUUGUCUUAUUCCUGUAUCAAAGUCACUGUGUAAUGAAACAGUACUGCUUUUGGAGCCAAGAUACAUGUGACUUUGAGUAUCGAAGGCAGAGUAAAUGGUUAAGUGGUUUAAAAAAAAUAGUAGCGUUUGAGGAUUGAGUCCACAAAAUUUAAAAAAUACUUGCAGUUUAGCAGGUCUCUGAAUUUCAGGCACCUUUUGAAUUGGGAGGAAAACGUUUCACAUUCAUAAUUCAGAGGUGGCUAAAGUAAAAGGCAGCCUAGUAUAUAUACAUGGUUCUGGUUUUACUCUUUAGCCCUAAGAUUUGUGCCCUUCUGGGUAUAUCUUUCAAGAAGUCAGCAGCAUAAUAAAUAACAUAAUGUUACCAAAUGGAGGAGGUUCGGUUUAAUGAUCUUAUUUCAGCAACAUAUUUAGAAAGAUAUUUGGCAGAGAUCAAAUGACCUCCUUGUCCACACAACCCAGAACUUAGAGAGAGAGGCUGCUAUUUCUGGAGCAUCCUUCACACACGUGUUAUGUUUGCUCUUAGAAAACUGUCCAACCUCACUGUGGGUCAUGGAAGCUGAAUCUUUAGAAAACCCUUUUGGGCUUACUGUUUCAGUCUUUUUUGGGACUUUGGGGGUCUGCAAUCUCUCUAUCAUAUUGAAUAAAAUAUUGAUACCAUGUACCAUGAUUUCUGUUAAAAAAAAGUCUUCAGUUCCUCUGUCUAUAAAUACAGACCCUUUUAAAAUAUGUGGAUUUUUUUAAAGAUUCAGUUGGCAGUCACAGAAUUUAACUAAAGAGGACAGAGCCAUAAGGAAGAGCUUGGGCUUGAAUCAGGACUGACUCUAACAAGAAACGAGUUUAGAAAUCUUGUUACUCUAGCUGUUGUGUUGACCAGAAGUCUGGAAAUACAGAAAAAAAGUACUCUCCUAACUGUUAAAAACCCAGCCAUGUAUACCAAAAGUCCCCACAGCAACACACGUUUCCCUUUGCCAGUUUUGCCUUAGAACAGAAACCACAGCAGCAUUUUGGAGUCAGAUUAGGGAAGAUAGGCCCUGUGGAAGGCGCGGACCCCUGAGACCCGGGGGAGCAGCAGUGCCUCUCAGACGGGACGGGGUCUGACCCCAGAUUCCCCGGUGCACACAGAGGUUUGCGAGCUGCUUCCCAAGAGAGCAAGAUGCAUUGCGGGGCCUGUUUUUAAACUUGAGCAUAUAAAACGUUGUCCCGUCACCUCUCUGAUGUGCAGUGAGACACCACGGCCACGCGGCAGAGCGUGUGGGUACAGAUUUUGCACGUGUGCUUCCUAUUCUGGAAUCAGUCAAGUGGAUGUAAUGAUACAGAAGUACUUUUGGCAGAGUUACGAGGAAUUCUAGAAUAAGAAUUAUAAAAUGCCAUGUAACGUGGUGAACAAUGCCGCGCUUGUGUGGCGUGUUUUUAUGUGCACAGGUGGCUUUGCAGCUGCAGUCA